AUGUCCGCAAGGAGCCACGUCAAGCGGCUGAUCGUGUGCAUUGACGCGGAAGAGUACAGGCCUGAAGACGGGACAUUAGGUAACGAUAACAGCAGCACCAUCUUCCGCAUCAAGAGCAUCAUACGGGGUGGCUUCUGCUACGAUGCUCAGGUCCGUGCGAUCGAGCAAGUUGUCCGGUACUACCGCGCCGCUGCAGAUGGGCCGAGCCGGAUGGAGAGGCUGAAAAGCAGAUCCGGCACGACCGUGUACCACGACGAGCAGAUCAAAUCGAUCUGCAAGGAAGUGUGCGAGACGCUGGACGAGCCGCAGGACGAGCUGUUCCUGUACGGGUUCGGACGGGGCGCGUUCCUGGUGCGGGCUGUGGCCGGCCUCCUGACGACCAUGUACCUGCCCAAGAGCACGUCGCUGAGGUACUUUGACCGGCUGUACCAGAGCGCGCUGGACGUGUACAAGGCGCGCAGGGAGGACGACAACAGGAACGGGCCGAAAAUCAUCGAGUUUCUCAGGUCGCACACGACCCGUCCGCCGCGCAUCCAGUUUGUCGGCGUCAUCAACACGGUGAAAUAUGGCGUGGAAGAGACCGUGCACGAUAUCUCGUUUGUCUCGUCGAUCCAGAACUUGCGGCACGCCUUGGCCAUCAACGAGAUGAGGGCACAGCUGGGCGCCGAGGUCUUCGAGACGCCGUCCGCAAAGGAUAUGCAAGGCCGGAGUUUCGUCCAAGCGUGGUUUGUGGGAUCACACCACGAUCUCGGCGGCGGUGCCUUUGAGGAUGGCCUCUCCUUGUAUCCUCUCCAGUGGUUACUUAUAGAGAGUAUACGAGCCGGGCUGGUGUUGCAGCCGCAAGAUGAGCCGGUGCAGCCGCGGUCAAGAGCGAGUGUCCUGUCCCUCGCAUUUCCACAGUACGCCGGCGGGCUUCCGAGACUGGAUGACAGCGAGAAGAUUGAGUGGCAGGUGUCGUAUUCCAAUGGCAUCCAAGUCAGCUUCUACGACCUUCAGAGCUUGCACGGCACGUCGUCCGACACGGAUCAGGCGCACAGCGUCCAGAUCAACACGUCAAAUCCGCUGUAUAACAAUCCUCCCAAGGUUUUUAAUUCCAAAGGACUGAUAGGGUGGGCCGACGAUGGGAGCUACGGCACGAUCGUCCACCCGUCCGUGUUCUGCCUGCUCGACAGAACUCCGCGCUUUUACGAACAAUAUCGCUUUAAAUCAAUGAAGAAAGAGCUUGCUGAUUAUCGGGAUCGAUGCCUCGAGGAAGGCGACGGCGCAAUCCCCCCGUGGCUGGAAGGACUCGAGCUCCAGGCCAGUGGAGUCAAGGCUUUCAGGAUAUUGGUAUGUGGCAAGACGGGGGUCGGGAAGAGCACUUUGAUCAACAAGGUCUUUGGGGUCGAAAUGACCGAAGAGUCCGACAGCUAUAAACAGGGCGAUCACGACAUCAACCAAGCCUUCGAGUCCACCAACCAUCCCGGCCUCCUGAUUCACGACUCGAGAGGCUGGCAAGCAGGGAGCGACAAGGAACUGGACUUGAUCGCCAAGUUCCUGCGGCAUAGAGCAUAUCAAAAGAACCCUGCAGAAGCGCUGCACGUCAUUUGGUUCUGCGUCGAUUCCGACGUCAGCCGGAUCGAGGCGGCCGACAAACGGACCUUCGAAACCAUUGCACAGUUCUCGAACCACGUCCCUGUUUUUGUCGUGGGCACCAAAAAGGACAAACUGAUCGCCUACCGCAAGAUUCAGCUACUAGAGAAAUACAUGGAGCAGACGGGGAACUAUCCCGAGUCGCAACGUCUCGCGAACGAGGAAGCCGAUAAAUUGGCGGACGAGCAAUUCAUGUCGCUUCGCGAGGAGCUCUCCCGGAUCAAGCACUACAAGGCUGACGGGUAUUGCUGUCUUUCCAAAGACGACGACCAAGGCGUCAAGAAGCUUCUCGCGCAGACUCUCGAGCUCAUUACCGAUGACAGAGUUCGUCUCUUCGCGGUGGCGGCGCAAGUCGUCGAUGUCGAACAGAAAAUUGACUCGGCGAUCACAGAAUGCAUGCGUCUCGGCACGCACGCCGUUCGCACCGCGAUGGUCCCCUUACCCUUCUCGAGCGCGAUCGGGACGCCCACCGUAGCACGCAUCCUCUGCCAGAACGUCCUCCAGUGUUUCGGGUUCCCCAAAGCGCUACCCGAGCAGGUCGAGGAGAUCAUGACGCGCGUCGUGCUGGGCCAUCUGAAGAAGUUCAUGGUCGUGACGCUCACCGAGUUCCUGGCCGUAGGGGUCACCACUGCAGGGCUGGUUGCUGGAACGAUGGGUGCUGCCGGCGUGGUGGCGUUCGCAUCGUGUGCCUUGGCCGUGCCUCCGACAGCGAGGAUGUUGUUCAAGUGUGCUUGCGACAUGAUUCUCAUCCUCGAGCGGUCGUUCCGGUACCAGGGGAAAUAUGUCUCUGUCAAGCAGAUCGAGGACGCCGCCGUCUACUACACCACCGCCAUGACCACGACCUUCGCGGGGAAAGAGCUGCUUCUUCAAAAGCACGUCCACGACGAAGUCGACCGGCUCGUUCCCUUGACGAAAUUCACCGCCGCUAUCAAGUUCAGCAAGCUUCGGCCGGGGCUCGAGGACAUCAUCUACAAGAACCGAUUCCUGAAAACGGAGCCGGACAAGAGUGCCGCGUCUCGACCCAUGGUCCCGGAAAUAGGGGGCACGCAAAUUGCCGAGCUCGAGGGAGUCCAGAGUCCAGUGGAAUUGCCUGGCGUCAAGAGGCAGCCCACCGAGCUACCGGCCGAAGACGUCAAGCUCCCAUUGUCGAUUCCAGAGAAGGGGGUUUCAUCGUCAGGAUAUGGAUCCACCAGUGGCACGAAUACGAAUACCACGGCCGACGAUCUCCUCAGCCUGGAGGAGAGGACGACAAUAUCGCCGACUCGGAGCGACCAGGGCCUAGUGGCCACACGGCAGUCGACGGUCUCGCCGAUGUCAGAGUCGGAGACUGGGUUCGAGGGGACCAAGAGCGACAACUUGUUCUCGCGCAGCACUCGGAAAUGGUCGUCGAGGCUGGGCUUGCGCAAGACCAAGACACUGCAAGAAUAG